AUGGGUAUUACACCUGAUCCACAACAAACUCUUUUCCCACCCGUUUCCGAUGUAGUGUUUGUGGUCGAAUCUACCGCCAACCUUGCAGCCCAUAUAGACGUGCUGAAGACUUCUUAUAUAAUUCCCACACUUGAAUAUUUUAAUGGUGGCCCACCUGACCCUACUGAUUAUGGAUGUGAUUUCAGCUGUACAUUAUAUGCUCUGGUGACAUUCCACUCGGCUGACAUUGCCCCAGAACCUGCUGCUCGUUGUUAUGCACCAACAACUAACAUCCACACAUUCCUCAGUUGGCUUGAUAGUGUCCCGUUUAUUGGUGGUGCUGGAGAAGGCAAGAGUCAUGUAGCUGAAGGUCUCAGUACUGCAAUUCAAGUCUUUGAUGACUUUAAAAAGAGACGCCAUCCAAGUAUCAAGCCACAAUGUCACUGUGUGCUUGUCACCAACUCUCCACCUUACCAGAUCCCAAGUUUUCAGGUGAAAAACUAUGCUGGUCAUACCUGUGAAGAACUUGUUAGCAUGAUGGCUAAUAAAGGUAUUUCAUUCUCUGUGAUAUCACCCAGAAAAAUACCUGUUCUGUUACGGUUGUUUGAAGAAGGUAACAUGGGCUGUGACUCUCAAAUAAAUAUGAAAGACUGUACUGUUGAUCAUCGGCAUCAGGUGUUAUUAAAAGGAUUCACCCUUCCAGAACGCUCAAACAGUCCGAGUUUAGAAGAAGAGAGGCAACUCACGGAAAUGCUACGUGCUAAAAUAUCGAUUGUGUUGCCUGGUAAUCAACAGCCAUCUCCUCAGUCGCUUCAAUCUGGAGGGAAUAUGGUACCUGGUCAGCCGGUGAUACCAAACCAAGCCAAUCAUAUGAAUGUCCAGUCACAGGGUGGUCAGCCACAGCAAAUGGGACAGCAGCCAAUGCGUCCAGGAAAGCAAGGUAUGGCUCACAUGGGAGGUCGUGGAGGGGCUGGUGCUGGUGGACCACAGAUGCCGAUGACCCCACCACAGGUGAUGCAGCAGCCAAAUAUGUCUCCACAGAACAUGCAACAACCCCAGCAGCAGCCAGGACUUCACCUGAUGCAACAAAACAUAGGGGCACAACAAAUUCAGAAUGCUGUUCAGUCUCGGGUGAUGUCACAGUCGAAUGAGGAAUCUGCUAUGAUGGUCUCACGCCAAGCUAUGGCCACCUCUCAGACAAUGAUGGGACCUAGACAGCAAGCACCAAUGAUGGCUCAAGGCAACCUUGUAUCUCAACCGGGUGGUAUGAUACCUGGCCAACCUGUAAUGGCUCCAGGCAAUGCAAACCUUCAAGGUCCCAUGACCAUGGCGCAGAACCCACAGCUGCACCCGACUCACCCUCAUGUAACUAUGCCAAACCAACUUCAGCAACAGCAGGUACAUCCCAACUUCCAGAAUAGCCCUGGUUCUCAGAUGCCACCUAAUGCUGCCCCUGGCGCUGGUGCAGGCAUUGCAACCAUCAGUCAGCAGGCGGGGCAGCAGCGUAUCCACUUGACGCCUGCACAACUGCAGUCCAUGAAGCAGCAACAGCAGCAGGCCCAGCAGCAAGCUCAACAGCAACAACAGCAGCAACAAGCACAACAACAGGCACAACAGCAGCAGCAGCAACAGCAGCAGGCUCAACCAAUGACCCAGCCACAACAGCAGCAGCAGCAACAACAGGGUGCUGUGCCAUCUCCUCAACAACAGCAGCAGCAACAACAACAACCCCCACCACAAGGACCCAGCCAACCAGGGUUGCCAAUUGAUAUUAAUAAUACGGCUUUGGGCCCCAAGGUUACUAGAGAGAAAAAGAUCUGGUCAGGAACAUUAGAGUGGCCUGAUAUGUCCAAGCAAGGUCCCAACACCACCAAAGUGACUCGAUCCUUACAGUGCAAUAUGACAAUUGCAGCAGGAGAACAAGAUAUCAACACCACUAAUUGGCCGAGUAAGCUGAUCAUGCAGUUGCUGCCCAUAGACAUUUUGAAUCAUUUCUCCGAUUUGUUCGUUAACACAAAGACGCUCACCUUCAAUUUUGCCAGUUCUGAUGUGGAAGCAAUGAAGAGUCUCUACCGCAUUCUUGGAAACUCUCUUCAGGCUGGCUGUGUGCAUAUCCCAGGUGUUAAAAUGAAAAUUUAUAUUUCAAUUUUUUUUUUUUUGUUUUCUCUUUUCUUUUUCUUCAUUUUCCUUUUUUUCCUUUUUUUCCAUUUUUCUCCUUUUUCCUCUCCCUUUUUCUCCCUUUUUCUCCUUUUUUUCUUUUUUUCCUUUUCUCCCUCUCCUUCCCCACCUUUUUCUCCUUCCCCACCUUUCUCCCUCCUUCCCCCACCUUUCUCCCUCUCCUUCCCCCACCUUUCUCCCUCUCCUUCCCCCACCUUUCUCCCUCUCCUUCCCCCACCUUUCUCCCCCUCCUCCCCCCCCACCUUUCUCCCCUCCUUCCCCCCACCUUUCUCCCUCUCCUUCCCCCACCUUUCUCCCUCUCCUUUCCCCCCCCCCACCUUUCUCCCUCUCCUUUUCCCCCCCUUUCUCCCUCUCCUUCCCCACCUUUCUCCCCCUCCUUUUCCCCCACCUUUCUCCCUCUCCUUUUCCCCACCUUUCUCCCUCUCCUUUUCCCCCCCACCUUUCUCCCUCUCCUUCCCCCACCUUUCUCCCUCUCCUUCCCCCCCACCUUUCUCCCUCUCCUCCCCCCCCACCUUUUCCCCUCCUUUUUCCCCCACCUUUUCCCUCUCCUUCCCCCACCUUUCUCCCUCUCCUUUUCCCCCCACCUUUCUCCCUCUCUUUUCCCCCCACCUUUCUCCUCUCUUUUCCCCCCACCUUUCUCCCUCUCCUUUUCCCCCCCACCUUUCUCCCCUUCCCCCCCCCAACUUUUUUUUCCUUUUUUCCUCUUUAAGCACUUUUAGAACACAAAAUUUUAAUUUAACAAUUAUUAGCUACUGA